AUGGAAGGGUUUUUCGAACGGAAGACGACAUCAGGAAGAAACCCACCUAGCAGAAUCGUGGAUACCAACCAAGUUGUCGAAUUCACAGUAUGCAGUUGGAUACUGACGAUCUUCUCGUACGUCCUGGUUGUUUUUACAUUGCCGCUAUCUGCUUGUCUCUGCAUAAAGGUUGUGCAAGAGUAUGAGCGCGCAGUUAUUUUCCGAUUGGGACGACUGAUGCCAGGAGGAGCAAAAGGCCCAGGUAUUUUCUUCGUACUGCCUUGCAUCGAUUCCUACAAGAAAAUCGAUCUGAGGGUUGUCUCUUUUGAUGUUCCUCCCCAAGAAUCCUCUUAUGACGAAGUUAUUCGUGAUCUACCAGACUUAACAGUGUGCACAGAGUCUGAGUUUUUUUGGUCAUUAAAAAGUUGUUCCAAAUUUCCAUCUCUUUUGGAAAAACUUGCUUCACCCGUGAAUCGAACCUGCGAGGUCAAUUGCCAUAUUGUCAACACAUUGUGCAUUGUCAAGACAAAAUAUUAA